GUUUACUAAUGCUCUUGUGUACUUUGGUGUAUCGUUUGGUUCUGUGGAUCUUGGUGGGAAUAUAUACCUGAACUUUUUCUUGAUCAGCCUUGUGGGGGUUCCAGCAAAUUUUGCUCUUAUGUGGGCUGUUAACAGGUUUGAAAACAUUGAAUUAAGCUUGGAAUAUUUUUGCAUAUGACGUCAUAGGAAUCCCAAUAAAUAGUUGUAACAAAUAAAAAGCGUUAAAUUUAUCUAAUUUUGAAAAUUUGCAUUGUACUGUGUUACCGUGCUCUGACUGUUUUCAAUCUUGCGUUGUGAACAAGACCGCAUAAAUAACCAGACGUUGUUUAGGUUUGUGACCUUUCAGUUCUCUCAGAUAACGUCAAAAUACGAGGCUAGCCUAUAAUUCGAAAAUGUGCUUGGCAAGUUGUGAGGUAUGUUUACACACAUCGAUUAAUCGGGCCGAUUCAGCUUUACUUAAACGAUAUUUGAAAAAUACGCUGUCAACGUCAUCUGACGACAUCGUUAACUGAUAAUAUUCCUAACAUUCGGCAAAACCCGGAAAUUGGCUGAUUAGUCGUUGCGUGUAAACGUAGCUUUAGCACUCAGUUAGGUCACAUAACUGUCGGUCCAUAAUUACCUGCGGAAUGAGAAACGAGAAACCGCUCACAUGUUUGCUGCAAACCGAAGACCAAAUGCAAAAAGACGUAACUGAAAACCGCAGAAGAUACCAUUAUACCAAAAACCGAAAAAUCGAUCUCAAACAUGGCGAAAUCCGAAAAUCCGAAAUUCACGACGCCCCCUCUUUGUUCGUGUCUCAACCGCAGUACACCGAAGUGAUGACGAGCAAAUCUAGUUUCAACUUAAGACAGUAAACGAAAUUUAUUAAAAGUAUCUUUUUCUUAGGUUUGGUCGUAAAGUAUGUGUUAUCACUGGUUUGAUUAUCACAAUCGUGGCAUCCUCAAUUUCGGUCUCAAUACCAGCAGAUCAGAAUCCAGGUUUGCAUACAUAUGUUGUUUGCUAUCUGACCGCAAACAAUUACUAUCUCAUUAUUAUGACAUUAACUGCUUAACUGGUAAACUCGACUCUCUUUUCCAGCUAAUAUUGGUGGUCGUAUCACUGCGGCUAUUAUAGCAAAGUUUUUUAUUGGCUUUUCCUUUAAUGGUUGUUAUGUAUGGACAAGUGAACUCUACCCAACAGUUAUAAGGUAUAACACCAAAAAUUAUUUUGUACUGGUGGUCAUGCAUGUUUAAGUGCACGUCGCAUGGAAGUUGUUAUCGAUCUACAAAAAUGUUGUAACAAGGUUGGAAUUGUUGUCCAGCCGACACCAGGACGUGUUCGCACUGUUUGUUCCUACAAUCAUGGCCAAUUGUUGUAGAACGACAGGUACAAUUUCAGAGUUCCUGUCUUCUAACUUUAAAAUCCCCCCCCUCCUCCCCCCUACCAAUGUUUCUAUUUUAAUGAACUGGACACAACACAAUGACAGCUUAUUCACAGAUACGUCAACAUUGAAAGGGGGUGGGGUUCCUGCAUGGAAAAGGGAUGAUAAAAUGAACUUGCGCACGUGCUUAUGUUAUUGCCGCGGGUUCCACAAACAAUUGACCACGGUUAAUGCAGUUCGGUUGUGAUAAUCGCUGCAUGCGUUUGUUAGUCUGUUAGUUUGUUCGAAAUCAGCAACCUGGGUAUUUAUUGAAAAGUAUUAUGUGUUCCCGCUUGUACCGCACUAUGUUUGUUUCUGGAACAAGUUGUUAUCACCUUGUUACAAGGUUGAUGACGGUAACAGAUCGACGUGCUACAAGUUCUUCCAACAAGACUAUUAGAGGCUGAUCGUAAAGAGUUGCUAAGAGCUUGCUGUAACCAACUUGUUACGUGUGGAUGAUAUCUGACUUGUUAGAAUAAAUUGUUUCGAGUCUGUUGGCCUCAUCAACCUUGUUACAAGAUGAUAACAACUUGUAAGUUCAAACACAUCAUGUUGACAAACUGUGAUAUUUUUACGCGUACACACAAUUUAAUCGACGUUAAAAAUAAAGUCGCACAUAUUACUCUUAACUGCCAAUACACAUUAUGUAAGAUUUUAUUUAUUUAUUUUUAUCUUCAGAGCAACUGGGAUGUCCACAUCUUCCUCAGCAGCCAGAAUUGGUUCAUUUGCUGCCAGCUACAUUAUUUGGCUUGUAAGUAACUUCUCUGCAACAAACUGAACACUGUUAUCGUCGUUGACACCUCUAUUGUGACUAUUGUAUGAAGUUUUCAUUAAUACGCAGAGUACUAGCACCGUUAUCGAUCUCUUGUACCAUUGUCUUCAUUUGAAGUAAGAUUUCUAAUUCAACGUACAGUAAGGGAUGGAAGGAUCUUCAAAUCCGAGCAGUGACGUGAAAUAUAAUAUUUCAUGCUGCAUUAGAAAAUACUUGACCAGUAUUUAAAAACAAUAGACAACAUUUCCAAACAAGUUAUUUCUUCCAACCUCCGCCAGGAGUUUAUGUUUUCAUCCGCGUUAGUUGUGUAUGUGUGUGUCAUGGUGCAGCCUCGUACUCAGGCUCUUUUGUAAUUAAUAGCCAACGAUGGCUCUGGGUACGAGAUUGGUUUGUAUGUCGGCACGAUAACUUAAAAAAUCCAAAUGUGAUGAACAACUUGCAUGUUAGACUAAGUUUUAAUCUAAGUAAAGAGAAGGGAAUCAAACAUCACAGCUAAAAAGAACAUAAUGAAAUUAGUAAAAUUGCAAAAUUUGGUUGCGAAAGGUUGUAAAGCUUGGAAAUAUAUAGUCUUGCAAAGUUUGCAAAUUGUGUAUAAUUAUGUUUGUAGGCUAUUACGUGCGAAAAUUGUUACUAUUUUCAGCUCAAAAAUGGUAACAAUUUCCGCACGUAAUACAAACGUAUACAAAAUAUGCAAACUACGCAAGGCUAUAUUUUCUGUAUUUCAAAACAUCUCGUAAGUCAUAACCAAAUUUUACUUAUUUUAAUAAGUUCUUUACGGGAAUUUACUUUUUUUGCCUAGAUCAAAAAUUAGUCUGACAUGCAUAUUGUCUAUAUUACGAAAAUUUUGAGGUGGGCGGUGGGGUGGGAGUGAGGGUCAGGUUAUCAAUGUGUCUGUAUGAUGAUAUACGUAUACAUCAUACAUAAAAGUACACCUGUUUGAUGACAUACAUGUUCGUGUAUCCUUUUUUUCCAGAUUCGUAUUCAUGUAGCACUGCCGUACAGUAUAUUCGGUGCUAUUUGUCUUCAGGCAGCCCUACUGGGAUUAUUGUUACCAGAGACCAAGGGUGCAGCAACCUUGGAGACAAUGGAUGACAUGAAGACGGAACAGGAAAUGUCUUUGCAUGUAUUUGCCAACGAUUAG